AGAGGAGAAAAAACAGCGGAGGAAAUAGAGGAGAACCAGGAGAACCAGGAGAACCAGGAGAACCAGGAGGAGUUCCUGUCGGUCAAAGAGUGGAAACUAACCCCGCGGAUCACUUAUUAUCUGCUCCUAAAUCACUUUUCUUUCCUCCUUUUGGUGACUGACUCUUUCUCCCCUCGCUGGUCCGAUGGCUCGGUUUUAUUUCCCCGGAUUACCUCUCCUGUGAGCCCGUGUCUCUCCUCUAUGAGUUCCAGUCCUUCCUUCAUGGUGAUGCAGCAGCGCGGAGGAAGCACCACCGCUUUCAGCAUCGACUCUCUGAUCGGGGGUCCUCCACAGCCCUCCCCGGGACCCUUCCUCUACACCGGAUACCCCAUGUUCAUGCCAUAUCGAUCUGUGGUGCUCCAGCCACCUCCCAGCCUGCAAUCAGCUGGACAUCACCCUCAAAUCCCGGGUUUCUGCUCCAGCAUGGCGCUCACUUCCACCCUAAUGGGGUCUCUCCCUGGAGGUUUCUCCCCCGGAGCGCAGCAGCACCAGGAGGCCGUAAUCAGGCAGCAGCAGCAGCACCAGGAGGCCGCGUUGAAGCUGUUCUCCUCCCCCGGACAACAGCACCAGGAGGCCGCCUUAAAGCUGUUCUCUUCCCCCGGACAACAGCACCAGGAGGCCGCCUUGAAGCUGUUCUCCUCCCCCGGACAACAGCACCAGGAGGCCGCCUUGAAGCUGUUCUCCUCCCCCGGACAACAGCACCAGGAGGCCGCCUGCAGGAAGUUCUUCGAUAAGACCCAGGAGUUGAGGCUGGAGGAGGAGAAAAGCUUUCUUUCGGCGGGGAAAGAGGCUUCGGAGCCGGGGCAAAUAUCAUCCACAGGCCGAGGUCUGGGAGCAGAGGAGAAGGAGGACGACAGGAAGGAGGAGAGCUUCUCCAUGGACAGCGACCUGGACUACAGCUCGGAUGAGAACCCCCUGCAGAAGGAAGACGGCGGCGGUCUGGAUGACGGACCCCUUCUGAACGGAUGCUCCUCCUCGUCCUCUGGAAGCUCAGGAGGAAAGAACCGCCGCCGGAGAACAGCGUUCACCAGCGAGCAGCUGCUGGAGCUGGAGAAGGAGUUCCACUGCAAGAAGUACCUCUCUCUCACCGAGCGCUCGCAGAUCGCCCACGCCCUGAAGCUCAGCGAGGUCCAGGUGAAGAUCUGGUUCCAGAACCGCAGAGCCAAAUGGAAACGAGUCAAAGCCGGGAACGUCAACAACAAAUCCGGAGAACCCAACAGAAACCCAAAGAUCGUGGUUCCCAUCCCGGUUCACGUGAGCCGGUUCGCCAUCAGGAGCCAGCACCAGCAGAUGGAGCAGGCUCGACCGUGAGAG